AUGUUAUUCCAAUACCUACUUGCCACCUGCCUGUUAAUUCAGGCAUGCUGGGCCACACCUUUAAACCCACGUAUAACGGGUGGAAAUGAUGCCAAACCUGGCCAAUUCCCAUACCAAGUAUCUGUCCAAUGGGGUAUACCACCUCUGGUCAAAUUUAGACAUGUUUGCGGUGGAUCCCUCAUAACUGAAGAUUAUGUAUUGACCGCUGGACAUUGCGUAUUGAAGAUUGGAAAAUUGAAGGUUGCAGUUGGUAAACAUUAUCUUGUUGAAACCGAAAAAACUGAACAAGUUGUCGACGUUAGUCAGACGAUCGUCCACUCAGGCUACAAGGGAGGUGUAGCACAACACGAUAUCGCUCUGUUGAAACUUAAAACACCAUUGACGACCAACGCAAGAGUAGCACCACUUCAGCUUCCAGUUCAAGAUCAAGUACAAACCGGAUUUGUUGUUCUUAGUGGAUGGGGUUCGGUAUCAAGAAACGUUUUACCAGUACUUCCAAAGGUUCUUCAAACAGCAACAUUAACUCUCAUGGAAAACGAUGAAUGUUUGGCUAAACUCCAAUCAGUCAAAUCUGUCAUUGGAAAGAAACCAGAACUUUUCCCGACUCAAGUUUGCACCAGUGCAGGAGAAAAAUCUAAUCUUUCUGCUUGUUCUGGUGACUCUGGUGGUCCAUUAGUUCAAUAUUUUGAUUCGGUACCUGUCCAAGUUGGUAUCGUUUCAUGGGGUACUCUUCCAUGUGGUCAUGGAAUGCCAUCAGUUUAUACACGCGUUGCUUCUUACUCCGACUGGAUCCAUCAACAUGUUAAAUAA